CCAGUCUCGAAUCUCGAGGCCGGCAUACUGCUGUCAGAUUUCGGUAGAGUAAUUUUGUAGCGCUUUGAGGUUACAUUAAUAAAUCUUGGUGAUUGCGUAGAGGCGGUGCUUAGAUCCGCCCCCGUUUGUUCUCAGGUGCAUAAAAUGGUUAAGUUAAAAUUGCGGCAACUGCUGAUCGUGGGUAUAUGCCUGUUUCGAGAAAUUCUUACUACCGAGGCGGCCUCAGCUCACAUUCACACUCAUCACAGCAACAAAGAUGCCGCCAGCCACGAAAGGACCGAAGACGGAGCCUUCAGCCCCAGAGACGUCGAGCAUUACGCCGACGGCGAUCAUCACCAAGAGUUUGAUCACGAAGCCAUACUCGGAAGCGUGAAGCAAGCCGAAGAAUUCGACAAGUUACCGCCGGAGACAGCGAAGGAACGACUAGGAAUUCUGCUCACAAAGAUGGACCUGAACAACGAUCAAUACAUCGAGAGAAAUGAGCUAAAAGCUUGGAUCCUUCGCUCGUUCAGCAUGCUUUCUACCGAGGAGUCGGAGGAUCGUUUGGACGACGCAGACGCUAACGAGGAUGGCAGAGUCAGCUGGGACGAGAUUCUCCAGGACACUUACGGAUCGGAUCCUGAGGACUUGGCCGAGGAUGACAAGCUGAUACAGGACGACAAGGCCACUUUCAACGCUGCCGAUCUGGACGGAGACGGAUACUUGGAUGCCGAUGAAUUCAAGGCGUACACGCACCCUGAGGAAACCGCGAGGAUGUUUCCGCUACUUCUGCAGCAGGCCCUGGAUGACAAGGACACUGACAAGGAUGGAUUCAUCAGCUUCCAAGAGUUCUUGGGUGACAGAGCAAGGGGCGAGGAUAAGGAAUGGCUUCUAGUUGAGAAGGACAAGUUCGACCAUGAUUACGACAAAAACGGAGACGGCAGACUUGAUUCUGAGGAGAUCCUCGCAUGGCUUGUGCCCAGCAACGAAGACAUAGCUACGCAGGAGUCGGAUCACCUUUUCGCAGCAUCCGACGACGAUCACGACGAUAGAUUAUCCUUUGAAGAAAUAUUGGACCAUCACGACGUGUUCGUAGGAAGCGAAGCUACGGACUACGGAGAACAUUUGCACAAUAUUGAAAAUUUUAAAGACGAACUGUAAUCAUCAUUAGAGAGGUAUGCAGCAUAAGAAAAAAAUCAUACGCGCACAAUCCUCGCGAAUUGUUUUAUUCCUACAACUAAUGUAAGUUGAUUCAAGUUUUAUAUUUUCCUCCAAUUUCUCUUCAUUAUCAUUGUGCAUUAUUUAUUACGACAUUUCACAAUUCACUCACAAAUAGUUCAGUCUCAAUUUAUUGCUCAGAAGCAUUUUAUUAUUAUUAUCGUCGUAAAGUUUUACGAGGUGUCGAGUAUCUGCAAGAAUGCGCUUAGCUGCGUGGUGAAAAAAGUAUUACAACACCUCUUUCGUGCCGUCGUCAUCGUCUAAUUUAAGCAUCAAAGCCAAAGCUGAACAAAGAAUGUAAAUUCCCGAGAGUCUUCCAAUCUGUAACAAUUUCAGCCCGACAUGAUUAUUUUUUUUUUUUCUCUUAAUAUGGAUCCUGGGUAUGUAGGCAUAAAUUGCGUACUAUCGAUCAUAAAGAAUUUACUCAGCACAAUAUCAAUUUCACAGUCCUCAGAAUUUUGUAAAAUACACUAUCUAUAUCGAAGUAUAAAUCGACCGGAUUCGAUAUCAUUAUUUUAAUUAGUCCGUUAACACAUUAUCGCAUCAAGCAGAUGCACAAAAAACUAGUACGAAAUAAAAUUUCGGUCAAUUCGCCGGCUGUUUCUUCUUACUUCGAUAUCAAGGUGUGAGAAAAAAAAGUAUAUAUGUCGAAGAUAUCGUGAAAUAUUUGUCAAGACAAGUAUCGGUAGCUAAUAAGUAAACAUAUUCGUAUAAUGCAAAAUUUGUAAUACAUAUAAUAUUUAUAUCAUUUGUUUGAUAUGUUACAAACUCAUUAAUAUAUUACGAGACGUAAUUUUAUGAAUCCAUCGUGUAACAAAUACACAUAUAUAUAUGAUGGUUAUAUUGCCAUAAUUACGUGCGUUAUUAAUUAUUAAAAUCAUUUUAAUUCAAAAUAUUAGGGCUUUCACUUGAAAGAAAAUCAUUUAGACGUGAAUUGUUUAUAAAAAAAAAAAAAAACUAGUCAACUUAUGGUGUAAGGACAUAGAUGUGUUCUCAAGCAUCAUUGCUGCUUCAUCUAAUGAGAACGUGCUCCCCACAUGAUGCCAUUUUGUACACUAUUUUUGAAAGCUAUUCAUUCUUACGUCCGCCAAAUCCUACUUGAUGAAGGAAUAAUAUUCAAAUGUUAAAUAAUCGGUUACUGAGGUAAUGUUGUACUUUUUGGGACAGAUACGCAAUCUCUGUCGUGACGUCACGUGGGGAUCAAUUGACUUUGCUACUGGGCAUCAUCGUUUAGAGCACACCUUGUUUUCCCACACCAUGAUUAAAAUUACAUUUAUCGCCCGCACAUAGAAAACCCGCCAUACACUCGCGCAUUCCUGUAAGCGUAUGCCAGGCGCACGAUUCGUCCCAUCAAAGAGGAUAUGGGGAUAUACCAGCAUACACUCGUGUUAACAAUUACAAAUAAUUAAACAUGCAAUGAGUAUUAGUCGUGCGGCACAAUCUGACAAUGAAACCUUUUCCAGCGACGGUCCACUAGCCUGUAUUUCGUCUAACAGGCUCGUUAAGCACACUUGACAUGAAACGACGCCGCGGUAAUAAGUGAUCUUACCAUACUUACGUACGUAAUAUUUUGUAUGUUAACAUGCGGUGUAGACGCAUAGACGAUUCGUCGUUCUUGAUCUGGAAAUUUAUCAUACACGCGAAACUCGAAAUUAUGCAUACCUACGCGUUAAUAUCACUGUGACUCGAGCGCAAAAUCCCAAGUACAUUUUUUUCUCUCUUUCAUUCUGGCAGAUGUACAAACACCGAAUAAAGCGUACACAAGUUCUGCGUCACGCGAUGCGAUAAAACAUCCAUCGUUUAAAUAAGAUCGUUAAGGGCAGGCGCUUGUCAAGGCAGUUCAUAUUUUAUAAUCCCAAAGAGACCUUGAGGAAAUUUUGUAGUAAAAAAUAGACGAGAAAAAAUUUUCGGCUGUCCAAUCUCAUGGAGAAUUAUUAGAGACGUGUAGCUAUUUUAUGCGAUGAUAUCGGCAAUUACAAACACGUUGUAUUAAACAAUUUGUAUAAUUUCCGUGAACAUUUGCAUGAUGUACUCGUUGAUUGAAGAAAACCACUAGGUGCCAUUUGGCGCCUUUCAUACUCAAUUUAUUUACAUUUCAUCGUAAACGGAGCUAGAUCGGCCCUAUUAUUUCAUUCGCGUACAAUUCUGAACUAUUCCAAAUAAAUUCGAAGCACAGCUAAUAGCGUAACUGAUGGAUAUAGAUUAGGCCGCUAAAUUUGGCGAGAGCCUAAGAAAAUGAUUUAAUAGUUCACAUCUAGUCCUAUUUCUAAAUUAUCAAUUAAUCGAAGAGGAGAUCAGAAAAUUACGUGCUUAUUAUGCUUAGUGUACAAUUACAUUUUUUUUUUUUUUAAAGUUAAAAGACGUACAAAAUUUAUAGUCGAUAUAUUUUAACUGCAUGACAUUGAUACGUUAUUACGUAAUUACGAAAAAGCGUGUAAUUCGACGUUUCUAGAUUCUCAUCUUGAGUUGAUACAAUAAUAACUAAUGGCCAACGUGUAAUUAACCGUCAAUGUUACGCAAAAUUAUUGCGUUUUUAUUCAACAUUCAUCACAUCACUCAACAGUAACUUAAAUUUAACUUAUCGCUCUUUUUAUUGCAAUAACUCGACAUUCGUUUAAGUAAUAAAAAUUGCGAGACGAACCUUGGGGGUUAUCUUUCACACUAUCCUUCCGAAUUAAUCAUCUAACGCUCAUUCGAAUUCUAAUCGCCGUGUUACAUGAACGAAUUUGUAGCUAUGAUGUUCAAAAUUACAAUAAUGACUAAUAAAAAUAUUUCGCGAGUCUUAGAGUAGUCAGCAAUGGUGCGUAACAUCUAUCCUCGAUAACGGGAAAAAUUUAAGAAUUUAAAACAAUUUUUAAACACAUUUGUGUAUGAAAAAUCGCAUUAUAGUAAAUUGAAUAAAUGGAAAAGCGCACGUUUCUCCCUACUUCCGGUUGCACAUUCUCCUCGCAUUCACGAAAUUAGUCCCACCAAAUGCCACACACCGACCGAUAACAUGUUACACACCAAAUGCAGUAGUUAAGAUCUAAAUACAGCUACAAAUUAGUUCAAACUUGCAAACCACAUCAUAAUACAGAAAAAGAAACUAUGUAGAAAAAAAAUUUAUUUAGAAAAUAUUGACCAUGGCAGAAAUGUACUUUAUAAAGGAUUUGUUUUAAUUCUUUUUAAA